AUGACAGAAUCACCACUUAGUAUACCAGUUUAUGAAGGUUCUAUGUUAUCACUUCGUAGUCGUAGUUCGAUUCCAUCUGUGAGUCGAUCACGACCCCUGACUGGCCUAGCCAAGAGAAAAUCUGAACCAGAACCAAAAUGGAAACACGGUGAACUUGAAUCAAAAUAUCGAUGUACAGCAUGUAAUAGUUAUUUACGAUUUCCAGUUCAAUUUGAAGAUUGUGGUCAUUAUAUAUGUUCAAGUUGUUUACCAGAUAUCAUGCGUGUUGCUCCACGCUGUCCAACGUGUCAACAACCAGUAUCGCGUGAUAAAAUUGUCAAUGAUAAAACGUUACAAAAAGAAAUUCAAAGUUUAGAUGUAUAUUGUUUUAGUAAAGAAAAAGGUUGUACUUGGGAAGGAACAUUAAAAGAUUAUACGGUUCAUACAGAAACAUGUGGAUUUGUAAUGAUUGAUUGUCCGAAUGAAUGUGGAGUAAGAUUUGAAAAACGUUUCUUAACUAAACAUCAAACAGAAGAUUGUCCAAAACGAAAAGUUGCUUGUGAAUUUUGUAAAACAAGCGUUGUAUUUGAAGAUGAAAUUCCUCAUCUUAAUAUUUGUACGGAAUUUAAAAUACCAUGUCCAAAUCAAUGUUCAGAUCAAGAAUUUUCACGUGGACAAAUACAAUCUCAUUUAGAUAAUGAAUGUCCAAAACAAGAAUUAUCCUGUCCAUUUAAUGAAUGUGGAUGUGACUAUCGUGGUCAACGAAUAGAUAUUGCUAAACAUAUGAAAGAAUCACCUGGUGUUCAUUUAAAUGUUGCUGGAAGAACAAUUACAAUACAAAAGAAAUUAUUACAAGCAUUUGAAGAACGUAUAAGUGAACAAAAGAAAUGGAUUGAAUUAUUAGCAGGAAAAGUAAAUGCUUUAGAAAAAACUUAUGGAGCUCAAUAUAUAUGGAAAAUAGAUCAUUAUCAGGAACGACUUGAAGAAGCACGUACAAAUAAAAAAACAACAUUAUUUAGUCCACCAUUUUUAACUAGUCGACAUGGUUAUCGUCUAGCACUUUCAAUUUGUUUAUGUGGUGAUGGAAGAGCCAAAGGAAAAUAUGUUUCACUGUUUAUUUGCCUUUGUCGCGGUGAUUAUGAUUCUUUAUUAAGUUGGCCAUUUUCACAUCGUGUUACAUUUACAUUAAUUGAUCAAUGUGAAGAUGUUAACAAUCGUCGUCCAAUAAUCUAUACUGUUAAACCAAAUAUAUGUAAAGAAAAUAAACCAUUUUUAGGUCGUCCUGUAACGGAUCGUAAUCCAAGUUUUGGCGCACAGAAGUUUACAGAUUUAGAUGCAAUGGCAACACUUGAAUACAUUAAAGAUGAUACAAUCUACAUUAAGGUUGACAUUGAUAAUGAAGAAAUGAUAAUUAUAUAA